CGACUCGGAUGAACACUAUAAUAUUUGAAAAGCUUCCAAACUAUGGGUUAGAGAUUAUAGAAACAAUAUCGUGUUUAUUCAUACUAUUUUUUUAUGACAUGAACAGCAUUUCUGGUCUCGGGUUUCUUCUGACCGCUCCCCUGCAAAGUUCGACAAUCGAUUAUUUUAGCCUUUUGCCGGGUAGCUAGCAAAAUGCUAAAUUGGCGAGCUGGCUAGCUAAAUUCGCUAGUAGUAGUGAUGCACAUUUAGCGAUUCAAUCUGUGUAAGGUUAAAUACAUUUAUUCGGAGAUAGCUAGCCAGUCAGUCAGCCAAGAUCGCUCAGUUCAGCUGUAAAACAAAAAAUGAGUCUUCUUCCAGACCUGAAUGCCAAUGAGGAUGAAACAUCCUACUAUGCAGACAAGACCUGGGUCCAGUGCAAGUCUCCCAGAUGUCUGAAGUGGAGACUGGUACCAAAGAGUGAUGAAACGGUGGCUGAGCUGGACCAUGGCAAGUCCUGGCACUGUCAUAUGAACCCAGACCCUCUGUUCAGCCACUGCAGCGUCCCUCAGGGCCCUUUCCCCAACAACUCCCAGUUCAAGGAACAUGGCCUGAAGGUUGUGUACUCCGGGCUGCCUGUCGGGAGCCUGGUGCUGGUGAAAGCAUGUAACUGGCCAUGGUGGCCAGCCAUUCUAUGUCCAGACCCCAACGUGGAGGAGUAUGUGAGGCUGGACAGCGAGGGUUAUGUGGAGCACUACCAUGUUGAGUUCCUGGGGAAACCUCAUACCAGAUUCUGGGCUGCUGCCAAACAUGUAGAACUCUACCACAACUCCUCCACUAAACCCAGAUACAGGAACCUGCGAGGCGCUAUGAGGAAGUCUUAUGAGGUGGCGAUGGAGGAGGUGGCUAAGGUCAGGGAGAUGGGCUGUGAGGAGAGACUGCAGAUCAGCCACUUCCAGCCACAGGAUUUGUUGAGUCAGGCUCAGAGGUUAAUGCAUGCUAUUGAGAGGAUGCUCAGACAAUACUCCAACCAGCAGGACAACCAUGGCAAGCAGGACCAGAGGAUUCGGAUGUGGGAUGCCGGCAUCGAGGAGGACGGAGACACUCUGAUCAUAGAAGGGUUCAGGUUUGACAGCGCCACCUGUCUGGAGGACCUGAUGACUGCAGGAAACAAGAAAUAAAGAGAUUUUUUAUUUUUUUUUAACAAGAUAUUUCCAGAUAGUUUUUCUUCAAGACCUGUUAAUCCUUUCCCCUUAAAAGUGCUUUAUAUUGUAUGAUAUUUAUUUGAAAUGUUAUAUUUUUCUAAAAUAUUUGUUUACUGUGGUCGUUGUUUGAAGAAAAUCUACAUUGUGGUGACUGGCAGUAUGAAGAAGCCUUCAACCUCAGUGUUUCCUGUUUGGCCCGUUUGUUAAAUCUUUCUCUGUGUUCAUUCAUUCUCAUGUUGUCAUCGUAUGUUGUUGUUCCAGUGCAACACGGCUGUAUGUUGUUGUUCCAGUGCAACACGGCUGUAUGUUGUUGUUCCAGUGCAACACGGCUGUAUGUUGUUGUUCCAGUGCAACACGGCUGUAUGUUGUUGUUCCAGUGCAACACGGCUGUAUGUUGUUGUUCCAGUGCAACACGGCUGUAUGUUGUUGUUCCAGUGCAACACGGCUGUAUGUUGUUGUUCCAGUGCAACACGGCUGUAUGUUGUUGUUCCAGUGCAACACGGCUGUAUGUUGUUGUUCCAGUGCAACACGGCUGUAUGUUGUUGUUCCAGUGCAACACGGCUGUAUGUUGUUGUUCCAGUGCAACACGGCUGUAUGUUGUUGUUCCAGUGCAACACGGCUGUAUGUUGUUGUUCCAGUGCAACACGGCUGUAUGUUGUUGUUCCAGUGCAACACGGCUGUAUGUUGUUGUUCCAGUGCAACACGGCUGUAUGUUGUUGUUCCAGUGCAACACGGCUGUAUGUUGUUGUUCCAGUGCAACACGGCUGUAUGUUGUUGUUCCAGUGCAACACGGCUGUAUGUUGUUGUUCCAGUGCAACACGGCUGUAUGUUGUUGUUCCAGUGCAACACGGCUGUAUGUUGUGUUCCUCAUGGUGUUUAACGGUCAGCGAAUGGAGGAAAUAAACGUUGGUAUCAGACAAGAAAACCACGGUAGUGCAGCGACAAUCACUGCUUAAUUGCCUCAGGAUAAUGUA